AGAAGGUUCAACAAAGAAAAGCAAGAAUAAGCCCGGUUGGGCUUACGUUUUUCAACUGCAUCGUACCGUACUAUGGGAGGGGUCCGUACCUCCUUUAGAUAGAUAGGCCCCCGUGCUCCUAAUGUAGAGCUAGAACUACUGCUACCGUGGAAUCCGCGAUCACACAUGAGUACCUCGCCUUCCAAAAAAAAGCGGCUGCUAAUUGGCACUAAUGCUAAUGGGGACCAUCGAUCAAGAAGGACUUCGGAGACUGCAAUCAAAUUCAAUAUAUAUAUAAUGGGGCCAACUCUUCUAGUUGCGCCUCUAACCUUACUACGCUUCCCAACCAGCUGAUAAAAGGCGAGAGACUUUCAUAAAGACGUAUGAGAAAGGGAGGGUCGAGAGAGGCUUAUUGCACGAUCCACCCAACUCAGCUAAGCUAAUAAAUGCUGCAUAAGAGAGUGGGAGGCCGGCCCCUGCCUAUCUGGAGGUGCACACCCAUUUAGGAAUAUAUGCAAAGGGGUAAAGAAAGAAGUCAAUGGAGAACUACCAAAUCCAAGAACUCUGAUUUGUUCGUACCAUUCUGUCAUCGAUCACUGCUGGGUCGGUUGGUGAGUCACCCAAAAAAAAGCAUCGAGAAAGGUCAAGCAUAUAUGUUUUAUGAAAUGAUCAGCGGUCUCAUUUAUGCUAUGCCCUGCAUCGUGUUCGUGUGUGUUUAUUGAGCUUUCUUCACUUCAGCGCCAUGCGCUUUGCUUCGCUUUAUAGAAGAGAGAGACCGUUGUCUUGAGAGGCAAGCGCAAGCGAUAGAAAGGAUAGUCCCUCGCGCGUUCGCGCGAACUACUAGAAAAUGGUGAGAUCAUUAGUGAAAGAAGGACCAACGACGAUCCUAUCCUAAAGGAGAAGGAGGAGUCAGUCUUCUUUGAAGAUCGAGGAAUAAAUCGGACAAUUAUGCCAUUCGGAAGAAGUCUUCUACAAAGGGAAAGCCUGUAUCGAGUAAGUGGAGAGGAAAGAUCUCCAGAGAUUCUUAUCUCAUUCCAUUCCAGUGGCUCGACCAGUAAUCAAUGGCGAAAACUAAAAAAUCCAUGGUUUCCCGGUAGAACCCCAUUUCGCCCAAGUUGUUGCGGAACCGGAAAAAAGAAGCGGUUUUUCGCACAGCUUGCUCAUAGUGCAGGUCCCACUUGUAUAUCGUAUUUGGCCGAAGAAGCAUCGGACAGGUUGGAGUUCUUACCUUCUUGGGACUCCAUGGACCAAGAUCUGCUUUCAUUAUAUGGGCAAUACCGAUCUACUUUAGUAGAUCAUAUGGAUGUAGAAAAAGCUUCUGAUUUUGAUGAAUUGGAAACAUCUCUUUUCCAUUUCUAUUUACCUAGUUCAUAUCUUUGUUUCGUGUGUUCCCGGGAGGAAUUCGAUCUCUUCAAUCUCGGGAUACCACCUAAAUAACUGCGGCCAAAAAGUCAAAUAGGUCGGGAAGAAAGAGUCUGAGGUUGGGUCGGACGACAUACAUCUUGGUUGGUUCCACCACCAACUUUCUUUAUGUGAGUUUUUUUUACCCUUAGAUUCUCCAAAAACAUCUUUAGCCACUCUUUUAAUGCAAUUGGCCAUCUUAUACCACAUCACAGAGGUUUCUUCCUAUAAAUUCCAUUUCCCUUCCUCGUUAUAAAGAGAAAGUCAUUUGGCAUACCCGCAUGGAUUAGAUGUCCAGAUAAACCCCCCGACCUGGGAAGUCUUUCGACCUCACUCACUUGAUCAGCAGAUGGGAAGCUUGAAAAAGUCUCUUUCCUUGCUGUUAUACCUUUUGCGAGGGCCCUUGCCUACUUCUUCUUUGCCAGCGGGAUUUCCCAGAAAGAAAGCAUCUUCCUAUUCUAGUAAUCCAAUCCCUCAUAAGCAUAUGAUAGAAGCCCCCCAAAAGAAGAGCAGGAGCAUACUAGAAUAGUGCUUCAAACCAGGUGGCUCUUAAAACCUUUCCUCAAAAGUCAGAUAAAAAGACCCUGGGUAGCCCUCCCCUAAGUGGCUUAUGUCUACUUGGGACCAGAGAUUAGCCUUUUCCAAGAGCCUUAUCAAGGUCUUUUGCUUCCUUUUUGAUUAUGUGAUACUCCGAAAGCUCUACGGCAAUAGAAAAGAUGAGAUAAAACUAAAACUUACCC